CGUAACUUGUUAACUCAUGUCAUCUCAAAGGCAAGAUUUAGUUCUCUUCAAUGAUAACUCUAUCAUUCCGCAACAGGUUUUAGCGAAUUCUCAAUCUUAUUUGUCCAUAAUAUCAUACUUGCAAGGAACUUCACCAACAUGGCUAGUUGAUUCACUUAUUGAAAAUGCUUUAUUGGGAACUGGAACCUUGGUUAAUAAUGAUUUGAAUGUGAAAACCCCGAAUAGAAGUGAAGUGUUUUUUGUCUCAUUCAAUCACUCACAAGAUUUCUAUAAUAAAAAUUGUAAAAAAAAUGGUAUUGAUUUAUCGAAUUUGUCAAAUUUUAAAUUCAUUGAUUGUUUUAGUAACUUAUUCACUAAACUGAUAACAACCCCUCAAGAUUGCUUUGGUCAAUUCAAGAAACUUAUGGAUGAUAUUUUAAAACAAGUCCAGGCUUCCAAAGCUCAAUCUAAAGUAAUUUUUAUCGAAUCUCCAGAGCUUUUAUUAUUGUCAAGUAAUAUAACAAGUGAUCAAUUCUUAUUCGAAAUAUUAAAACUUAAUAGACUCGCAAAACAAAUGUUUAUUAUAACUCCGCAGGAUUCGCUGUUGAUUGAUUUAAGUAUAAGUUCUGAUCAAGAUCCGGUUUUCAAAAUAUCCGAUUUUUUAACAAAACUUUAUCAUCGUUCAAAUUUGAACUUGAAUUUACAGCCAUUAUCUACCGGUAGAGCCAAUGAUAUUACUGGAUGUUUAACUAUAUCUAAGGGACUCAUACCUUAUGAAUUGGCUAAUUUACAGGUUAUAGAAAAAGAGUACAUCUAUCACAUUUCAAAAGAAUUUAGUAUAAAAUUAUUUUUCCGAUAA